UUAGAUGGUUUAGUUCCAUUUCACCCUUUAUGGUUUCCGGUGUGAACUUUGCAUGGGCAUCACUGAUAUAGACAAUCGUCAAAAUAAUGGUCCCAGAAAGAAAACAUUCCUGUCAUCAAGCUAUCCAUUUUAUAAGAGAAAUAAGCUGAACCGUGUGACAGUUCGUAUGCUGAAUUUACGAAUAGCAAGUAAAAUGUAUUUUGUUGAUAACGAUGGAGUGGCAUCCAGAAUCGAUGGAGGAAAAUAUGUCCCAAGAGCCAUCCUCUUGGAUUUGGAACCAGGCACCAUGGACGCAGUUCGAUCCGGAGUCUAUGGAAAGCUCUUCCGACCCGACAACUUCGUCUUCGGCCAAUCAGGAGCAGGAAACAACUGGGCCAAAGGCCAUUACACCGAAGGAGCGGAACUAGUGGACGCUGUACUAGAUGUCGUACGAAAAGAAGCCGAAAAUUGUGACUGCCUGCAAGGGUUCCAGCUCACACACUCCCUUGGAGGUGGUACCGGUUCCGGCAUGGGUACCCUCCUGAUCUCUAAGAUUCGCGAGGAGUACCCUGAUAGGAUAAUGAACACCUACUCCGUGAUGCCCAGUCCAAAAGUAUCAGACACUGUUGUAGAACCUUACAACGCAACUUUAUCCGUACACCAACUUGUAGAAAAUACUGACGAAACCUACUGCAUCGACAAUGAAGCCCUCUAUGAUAUUUGCUUCAGAACUCUGAAGGUUCCAAACCCCAGCUACGGCGAUUUGAACCAUCUGGUGUCCCUCACCAUGUCUGGUGUCACCACCUGCCUCAGGUUCCCUGGUCAGCUCAACGCUGAUCUCCGAAAACUGGCUGUGAAUAUGGUUCCCUUCCCGCGUCUUCACUUCUUUAUGCCUGGUUUCGCUCCUCUUACGUCACGAGGUAACCAGCAGUACAGGGCGUUAACUGUUCCCGAACUUACACAGCAAAUGUUCGACUCGAAGAAUAUGAUGGCCGCCUGUGAUCCUAGACAUGGAAGGUAUCUUACUGUUGCUGCCGUAUUCAGAGGCAGAAUGUCCAUGAAAGAAGUAGAUGAACAAAUGCUGGCCGUCCAGAACAAAAACAGCAGUUACUUCGUGGAGUGGAUCCCGAACAAUGUGAAAACGGCUGUUUGUGAUAUCCCUCCAGUGGGACUGAAGAUGUCCUCCACGUUCAUCGGCAAUACUACAGCCAUCCAGGAGUUGUUCAAACGGAUUUCUGAACAGUUCGCAGCCAUGUUCAGGCGCAAAGCUUUCUUGCACUGGUACACUGGUGAAGGUAUGGACGAAAUGGAGUUUACUGAAGCAGAAUCCAACAUGAACGACUUGGUUUCUGAGUACCAGCAGUAUCAAGAAGCUACAGCUGAUGACGAAUACGAAGCAGAAGAGGAAGCCGCUGCAGAUGAUUUUAAUUGUUGACGAAUCAUAUAAGAUUUUCCUUCAUUUUGAAUCGGUAUAAGUAAAAAGCUCUUCAUCAGGACAAUAGAAGCGAAUUUUGAAAUAGAACCGAAGAUAGAUAUUCGCGAAAUAACGUUAGUAAUUUUCAAAAUAAAUAUUCGGGUUAUUGAAAGAGAUACUAUUUACUUACAAUUGUUUUUUAAAACUGUGUAUUGAUUUUAUUGGAGAUAAUUGUUUUUAUGAAAUAUAUUUACUAAUUGUAGGAGUAUGUUCAGUUCUAUUUUGGAAUUCUAGGUUAGAAACAUCGUAAUUUAUUGAAUUUUAUAUUUAUAUUUGUGAAAAAAAUCAUUCGACAGUACUUUAAAUAAGUUCACUCAUAUCAAUAGUUUUUUGUACUCACGGCUUUCAUUAUUUUUUUAUAGUUCAUCACAAAACUAUUCUGCUUCUCACAAAAACGUAAAAUAUUGAAUUGAUCCCAAAAUAUUAUUUGGAAUAUGCUUGAGUGUUGUUAACUAGUCGGUAAUUUUUCUAGGGAAUUUCUUAGAUUCCCUAAUAUUGCUAAAAUUACUAUUUGAAUAAUAGAUUUUAGGUUGGUAGGAUUAAGUAUUAUUGUGGAAUAUUUUGACGGUUUUUUCGGGGAGUUCGAUGGAAAACUUUUUGAAAAUAUGGUUUUUAUAUUCCACGCGCAUGUUGCAAGUAAUAUUUUUUCAAAUUCAACGUGUCACAGAUUGCUGUUCACAUUUUUAUACGAUUUUUUAAUCUCAUUUUUUACAUUUUUUCCAGAAAAUUCGUAGAAUAAAGACUGACUUUUCUACCACA